CUCCUGGAAGUGCAUGUAUUCAUUUGCUCGAGUGAUCAGAACAAAGAUUCCGGACUCGAAUUUGCUUUAGUCCCACGUUAUAGACCUCGUAUAAUCUGUUUUCUCCAUGGCCAAGGUAUCCUCUGCUUCCAGCGCCAUGAAAAGAACAUAUCCUUCCAUUCACUGAACUUUACAAAACAAAAACGAAAAUCGUGAUUUCUGUUUGUCUUGAGAUAAUCAUUCAAUCUUGCAAGCAGAGAAAAAUAUGAUUCCACUCCCUCUCUUAUUCACACUUGCGUUCCUCGAAAUGUCAGUCGUUGUUGGUCUUCUGUCUGAGACGCGGAUGAAAAAGCUGCUGAUGCUCGGGCUGGGCUGGGUGAAGCGCGGGAGGGGACACCUAGUUGUGAGGACGGUGGCGGCAACCUUCACCAUGGUCUUUGGCUCGGCCCUGUUUGACGUUGUGAACUACCGGAGGCGUAUGAGCGAGACUGGGAAAAGGAUCAACCCGACUUACGAGGUCCUCAUCACGAAUCACCUCCUGGAAACAUCUCUGAUGGGGUUCUGCCUGUUUCUUUACAUGUUAAUAGACAGGCUCCAUUGUUACAUGAGACAAUUGCUGGAAGACACAAAGAACUCCUCGCAAUUAAAUUAGAGUUAUCCAAACAAAGCCCAGUUUGAACCUUUCAGGACAUGACAUAGCAGCUUUCAGAGGGAAAGCGAAGGACAAGACCCUCAUCGCAUAUGUAACCACCCCCAUGACGCUCGGUUUAUCCCGAGCGGAACUCGCAGUUAACAGAAAUUCAUUCAUAUAUGUAUGUACAUUAUUUUGUACAUUGUCUAAUCGUCGUAUGUGUUACAUCAACAUUCAUAUUGCGUAGUCAUACCAAUUAUUAGCUAUCGUCGGUGUGAAAUGCAAUAAGGAAUGCAGAAUGAUGACUGCAAGAAGUCGAAUCGACAAGAACAUAGUGGACAUUAGUCUAAA